GGAAGUCGCAUUGUAAAUUUCAGAAAUCGGGGCUGGGGCCGAAAGGCGGGUUAACUUUAUUCAUCUGGGUUGCGAGGUAAACUUAUUUCAAUUUUACCUCAUCAUGUCGUACUCUCGAUUCAGAGUCAACAGCUAUGAGAAUGAACGAGUUCGCUUCAAUGGAUACGAGUCUUAUAAGCCAAAUGAAGAUAGAGGACAACCUCACGAUUACAAUAACAACUUUGAACGAGACCGAGUUCGCGACAUGGAUCAGGGUCGACGCGAUUCGAGGGACAUGAGAGACCCGCGCGAGCCCAGAGGACCUCCGCGAAGUCCACACCUUAGCAAGAAGGGUAGUUUGGGUUCGCCAAAAAGGCUUCACAUAGACACGAAGGUUGUCGAUGGGCCUCGGUCAUCAUCCUCAACUCGGUCUGCUAUGAGUGCGUUUGGUAAUGUCCCCACUGAACCUGCUGCUAAUAGAGUUGGAAAAUCUAACCCAAACACCCUACCCAAUUCUGCAAUUACCCCUAUCAUUCCAAAGGCAAAAGACCCUAAGUUGCAAGAUGUACUUGACGCUGUUUUUAAAUGCAAUAAGACCUCAGAAGAACGCACGUUCUUGAAGUUGCGGAAAUCCAAACUCUUACGUGAGGACCAGAGACGUCAGGCGGAAGUGAGUAAGAUUAGUGGUAAAGUCGACGACUAUGCACCAUAUCUUGAAUUCAAGCAACGAUUUGAAGAAAGUGGGAAGGCAGAGCGCGACGACGUCUCCAAGCGGCUUGCCGAACUCGAUGAUCAAUACGCGGAAGAUUUGGAAAAGGUUGUCUGCGCCAUAUCAUCGCAUACGCCUACGAAUCCCCAGGCAGCGGACCAAGCAGCGUCGCUAACAAAACUAGAAGCUGAGUUCGAGAAAUUUCAGAAACAAGCUUCUGAGGGACAAAGGCAGAUGGCUCAAACACAAGAGCAGAUGGGCAAAGCACAAGUGCAGAUACAAAUUUUACUCAACGACCGGGACAAAUCCAAUAAGACUUUGGCCGCAUUAGAGCAAGAUUUCACCGCCUUGAAGUCUCGUUACACCACUCUCGAAUCUGAUCACACCGCCCUGAAAUCCGAAAACUCGGAACUUAGACAGCAGGUUGCAGACCUCAAGUCCACCAAAGACUUCGUUCAGCGAGUUCAAGAUGAGGUGAAUAAGUUAUCUGAAGAGUUACUAUCCUUGAAGACGAAGGUAGAUGAUGUGGACGGCAAGGUGCGUGGCUCUAUGGAGAAGGUUGAAGAUCUCGAUAUGGAGACGUACAAUGAAAUUCUUGAAACGUGGAUCGAUCACGAUUUCAAAACCAAACUACUUUCUCAUGACACAUUGAUCACAGCCCUACGUCAAGAUCUCCAAUCAUUUCAAGAAUCAGCUACGUCACGGCUUGAUAAGAGUGAAACAUCGGUUCAGGGGACAGGAGCUGCCCUCCAGGCCCUAGAAAAAGCACGACAAGCCACACCCCCAGCAGCCAAUCAGGCAACAGGAGACAUCAUGGCUUUUGUUGAAGAGAAGCUUAACUCUCUCAACGAGGUCAUACAGAAGGUGGUCGCUGAUUCUGGUGAUGCCUGUGCCGAGAUGGUUGAUGAAGUGAGACUUCGCAUCGACAAUGUUCAAACAACCGUCAAUACUUUAAGUCUAACAGUGGCUGCUUCAAAAGAUCCGGAUAUGGUGACGCGGAUCGGCGCUCUACAGCAAAUUACGGAUCAACAAAGUCAGAGCCUGCGUCGCUUUGAAAAUCGUAUUGAGUCGAUAGAAGGCCAAAGACUUGGUGAACGGAUUGUCCGUGUCCACGCCGGCCUUGUGGAGCUCGAGAAGAAGGUUAAGGGUAUUCAGGAGAAUAACGGCUAUGAUGGAGUUGCUAGCACCGAGGCUAUCGUCAAGGUUAUCAAACCGGAGAUAGACAACGCUAAAAAGAGAUUUGACGCUCUAGAACUGUCUGUCCGAGUGUUAGAUAGCCAGUGGUCGAAUCUCAGCUCGAAACAAAUGGCCGAGAGGAUUCUUCAGCAAUUGGAUCCGUACGGACAACGGAACGAAGCACGGGUUGCCCGAGUUGAGAACGAGCUUAUGCAACUGAAGAACAUGAUUUUUGAAGUUGAGCAAAAACUUCUCGCGUCAUAUAAGGACAAAAAAAUUGCCGAAAUUAUGAAGGAUUCUCCACUUGAUGGGAAACGACACGCUUCCUCCGAGUCACCUUCUGAGGAGUUAAUGACUAAGAAACGGAAGCUUGGCUCAAACGGCCAGUUCGCCCCUCAACAGCACCGCAGCAGCAGUUAUAAUCUAUGAUUUCUGCUCGACUGUAGCGGCUUUUCUUGGCAGCUAUCACCCUCUUGGCUUGGGUUUUUGGAAUUCAUGUAUUCGCGAAGAUCUGGUGUGAGGUGGCCGAAAAGGCGUCGAAACUCAGUCUAUUCAUGCUUAUGGUUUGGCGUUCGUAUCAACAAGGACAGUGAUAUACCGUGGACUGCGGUUCUCGGUAUGGUGAGGGUACAUAUGGGAACCUCUAAAUACUCGAGUUAUCGCCUUAGACAUGCAUUGCAAAAUACCCCUUUUAUGCUGCUAUUGUUGCUCCUUCGAGAGUAUUUGGAAUGGGAAAAUGGUGGAAGGUUAGUGACAAGAGGCUAG